UGACACCCGAGGAGUUCUCUUCCCUUUUCACAUUUGAUGAGAUGAAUUAUAGAGUCUUUUCACCAUAAGAGUCUCGAAAUGCCAGAAAACUACGGACAGUAUCAAACAGAGAUCUACGGCCAAGGCGCCUUACUAGGCCUCAAGCCGAACGUCACCACUGAUCCUCGGCUACUUGAAAAACAGGCCCGAAGGACGUUGAGCAACCGUUCUUUUAAUUAUGUCGCCGGUGGCGCAGGGGAGAAGUCCACAAUGGACAGUAAUCGUCUGGCUUUUCGUCAAUGGAAGCUAAUCCCCAGAAUGUUGAAAAAGAUGGACAGGCAGGACCUUGCCAUAAACAUUUUUGGCCAAGAGUAUCCUACUCCUCUUAUUAUGGCACCUAUAGGCGUCCAAGGUCUAUUCCACGAUGAUAAGGAAACUGGACUGGCUGAAGUCUGCGCAGAAGUCGGGGUGCCGUACACUCUUAGCACUGCCAGUACCAGCUCUAUCGAAGAUGUAGCCCAGGCGAACGGGAACGGCAAAAGAUGGUUUCAGCUCUACUGGCCAGGCGACGAUGCCAUUACCCUUUCAUUGCUGAAACGCGCAAGAGAAAAUGGAUAUACUGUUCUGGUUGUAACACUGGACACAUGGUCUCUUGCCUGGCGACCUGCAGACUUAGACAACGCUUAUAUCCCAUUCAUUCGGGGAGUUGGAAAUCAGGUCGGAUUCUCCGACCCAGUCUUCCGCACUAAAUUUGAAAAGGAAACUGGCUCUAAAGUAGAAGAAGAUAUAGUUGGAGCUUCUAGGGCAUGGAUCGGAGGCGUCUUAUCCACCUCACCCCAUUCUUGGGACCAGAUUUCCUUCUUGCGAAAGAACUGGGACGGCCCUCUUGUUCUGAAAGGAAUUCAGCAUGUAGAUGAUGCGAAACUCGCUGCUGAUGCGGGUUGUGAUGGUAUCGUCGUCUCUAACCAUGGAGGUCGACAACUUGAUGGAGCCAUUGGCUCUUUAGAAGUGCUCCCUGAAAUAGUUGAUGCAGUCGGUGAUAAAUUGACGGUCCUUUUUGAUUCCGGCAUUCGAACAGGUUCCGAUAUUAUCAAGGCCCUGUGUCUCGGCGCUAAAGCGGUGUUGGUAGGUAGGCCAGUAAUCUACGGCCUAGCAGUUGAUGGGAAGAAUGGAGCGAAGGCUGUACUAAAAGGCCUUCAAGCCGACCUGUGGCAAAGCAUGUCGUUGGCUGGGAUCUGUACUGUGGCAGAGUGCACUAGCGAUAAAAUCAGAAAGGUCCAAUACCCUGGUGACGUGAAAUCCAUGCUGUGAUAUUUUGGGGGUACCGAAUUUACAUUGAAGGCUCCCUCGUUUCUCCAAUGUUGGAUGUCAAUUGGCAAUGUGUUGAAAGCAAUCUACCUAGGUCCUGUGGAAGAAGACAGCCUGAAAGAGGAAGAGGUCCAGG